AUGGCUUUUGCUACCCUACUCUUGUUAGCCUUGGCCGCCUUCAGUUUUGUCUGCGGCCAGGCACCACACAGCCGUCCUCAGAACAUCCAGCAGCUCUGGGGCCCUUAUUCACCUUUCUUUUCAGAGCCAGAAUCAUCUGAAAUCAGCGCUGCAGUACCUCCCGGUUGCGAAAUUACUUUUGCCCAGGUCCUGUCGCGGCACGGCGCUCGAGAUCCUAUUAGAGUCAUGGCGGAGAAAUUUACGGAACUCGUUCACCGCAUACACACAAGCGUCACUAGUUACGGCAGAGGCUACGAGUUUAUCAAGACCUAUAAGUACACCUUAGGCACUGAACAACUCACACCUCUCGGUGAGAGGGAGCUUAUCGAAUCGGGUAAAGCGUUCCAUAAACGCUACCAAGCGCUUGCUGCUAUGAACAAACCCUUCAUUCGAGCUGCUGGCCAGGAGCGUGUAAUUGAGUCUGGCCACAAUUGGAUACAAGGUUUCUAUGGCUCUAUCACCGACGGCCAUAAGAAGGACAUGCUUAUUAUCCCUGAAGCCCACGGUGUUAAUAACACGCUAAAGCACGGCCUCUGCACUGCCUUUGAGCAUGACAUACACUCUAGCUUAGGCAAAGCGGCGCGGGUUGAAUGGCGUAAUAUCUUUACACGUCCAAUUAUGGACCGCCUAAACCAUAACCUACCUGGCGCACGUCUAACAGCUGCAGACGUCCUUACCUUUAUGGAGCUAUGCCCCUUUAAUACAGUUGUGAACGGAGAAAUGUCACAGUUCUGUAACCUCUUUACGCUAGAGGAGUUUCUGGACUUUGAAUACUACCAGACACUGGAUAAAUAUUACCGCUUUCACGAAGGGAACCCGCUUGGGCCGACGCAGGGUUAUCUAUGGCGCACUAGGCCUAUACAGCAGGACACCAAGGCUAUCUACAACACAGCGGAUGUCUGUGUCAGAGACCAGGGGGUUUUCGAGCAGACUGGUGCCUUUCGCGGCGCGCAUGUACGUAGAGAAGAUGAAGUGUAA